AUGGGUGCUCUCCGCAAAGUCAAGAACAAGCGUCGCACAAGAGACUACGAUCAGGUCAUCGCCGAUACCAAAUCACCCCGUCACCUCGAGAUUUACAAAGAGUCCAAGGAUGUAGAGGAUCUUCCAGGUCUUGGACAGCACUUCUGCAUAGAGUGCUCCAAGUGGUUUGAAAGUGAAUACAACAUGAAGGCACACACCAAGGGCAAGAACCACAAGCGUCGACUUCGCAUCUUGAAAGAAGAGCCUCACUCCCAGAAGAUCGCUGAGGCAGUUGUCGGCCUGGGCGUCGAAAACUUCCGGCCUCAAAAGGAGCAAAAAGACAUUGAGAUGGAGAUCUAA